GUAAUAACUACGGCCCAGUCCUAUCCAUUAUUGAUAGCUAUAUUACAUUUUCUACAAGUAUUCAGUUGCUUUGUUACAAUUUUUUAAAAGAAGCAAUGCAUAUUAAAACGGUGCUAAGGUCACAUUUUCCAUAUCCACAGUUUGUGAUCAAAAUUUUAAUUAUCAAUAUAGAGAAGAAAAAUCUCAAUAACAUAACGGCUAUGUUUAAUCAUGUUGACAUGUAAGGAUCCUAAUGUAAGGUAAUGAAGAUUCAAAUUUCUCUUAAUCAAUCUUUUAAAUGAUCCCUAAGUGUAGGAGGAAGUCACAAAUGAGGAUCAAAUUUUUACGAAGUAAAAUAAAAAAGCAUUUUUUCAAGAACAGCUAAAUCCAUUGUCUGCUAGCUUCAUACUUUUAAACUCAAUAACUCUUUUUUACCAGGAGAAAGAAAAGUUUUUCCGUGAGAUAUGGACAAGCUUGGAAACAAAGGAUGCGUCUCUGCAAAGGCAUUUUGACAGGGAAAGGAUGUUUGCUGUUGGAUUCCAUGAGAAUGAAUGCAUUGAAAAAAUCAAGCUGUCAGUUGUUUAUGUUGUCAAAAAUCUUGAUCACUGCGGAGAGAAACUUCCAUACUCCUGGGCAAUGUUUGAAAAAUUCUUCCAAGAAAAGAAAAACCUUAAAAUCAUCAACAAAGAGACACUUUUGGCUUUCAAUGACGCAUUGCCACAGGAAUUGAAGCUGGAAGCAGUCAAAGAUAUUAACACCAUGCUGCACUUUUUCCAUGACAUCAGAGAAAUUUUACACUUUGACCAAGAAUUUCUUAGAGGAAUCAUAAUUCUUGAUGUUCAAUGGUUUGCAGAUGCAUUCAAAAAUGUCAUUACCGAUAAAAACCAUGCAGCAGAGGAUUUAUUUAAGCUUGCCUCACAAUGGGAUAAAUUUAAUGAAACUGGAGAACUGAGUGACACACUGCUGUCUGCGAUAUGGAAAAUGAACAACAAUGGGUACCUUGAAUACAAAGAAGAUUUCAUGUGCUACAUGGAGAAGCUAGGACUCCUGGCUAAAAUGGAUGAAAACAAAUGGUAUGUCCCCUGUAUGAACAAGAAACCAUUUCCUGCGGAAUGCUUUUCAUCCUACCCUGCCUCAUCCAUCCUCUGCUACGUCUUUGAUGCUCUUCCUGCUGGAAUUUUCCAGCGCCUGGUAGCUAUUUGCAUUCAAAUACCAUGGAAACACAAUUCAAGUCGUGAUGAACUAUGCAUUUACCAGACAGUAGCUGUGUUUCGUUUUGAGAAUCAUAACAUUUUGAUUGGUAUGACACCAACAGAAAUUCAGUCACAAGUGUUUGUAAUUGAAGGAGAAGUCGAUAAAUCUAUAUGUCAACAAAUAAAGCACAAGAUCGACAAUAUACUGAACAUUCUCUCAGAAACAUUUCAUACAGACUCUAAAUUUUCUAACGCUUUCAAAUGCAAAGCUACAGGAUUCUGUGAUAACAAUGAAAGUUCCGUGAUCAACGAAUCAGAGUUUACAAAACCUAAUUUUCAGUGCCCUGCCUGUCCAGUUGGGAGAAUGCAUAACAUCAACUCAAAGGAUAUCACGAAAUUUUGGAUCCAGGUACACGACGAUGAAACUAAGCUUACUGGAGAUAAACGUUCACCAUCAGGUAGUUCUGGAACCAGUGGGUCACAUCCUAAAGAUAAUUUUGCCAAGAUAUUAAUGUUAUUGCAAGUUGGAACUGAUGCAGUAAGAAUUUGCUUUGAUAAAUUCUUCCCAAAAGAAGAACUAGGAAAGACUCUGAAAGAAAAUGAAACAGACAUAAGAAGAGGACAGUUUCGAUUCCAACCACCUCAGUUAGAGAUUCUGUUCCCAAAACAAGGUGGACCCAACACUGGCGUAUCAUCUUUAUCUAUGGACGUUACCAUCAUGUAUAAAUUGUUGAGGAAUUUCUCUGACAUUGCUCCCCCUGGAAAUGGAUGGGGAAAAGAACCUAGAAUAGUGGACAUCACAGAGAGUGACGACGUAGAGAGAAUCCGUUUAUAUAGAAAUAAAUACAGCCAUGAUCCAGGAAGUAGCCCCGUGAUGAGUGAUGAUGUAUUUAACAUAAUCUGGGCUGAUAUUUCUCAGGCCAUAUUAAGACUUAGUGGUGAUGUUUUGAAGAGAAGAAUAAGUGAAAUAUAGCUGAGUGGAUAAUAAAAUUUGACAACAUUCACGUGACAACAACACACAUUUUAAUGAAAAAUGUCUUUAUAAUGAAAUUUAGGUAUCUCCAUCCUCCUAUGAUGUCAUAGGUUUUUGCAAAAACUGUUAUUAAUCUAAAUUCAUAUUCAAAAGAACAAUAUCUGUUGAAAGAAUGAUUUUUUAAUGGUGCAAUGAUAGAUUUAGAGGUUUUAAUUUAUUUUUUUUUUUUGCUUUAUGCCUGUACACUCCGGUAAUAUUUUCAUUGUAUUUAGUUUUACUUUCAAAGCUUUAAGGUGAUGUAGUUUGGUUAAAUUGAGGUUAUAACAAAUGUACAGAUUCAGACCGAUGUUAGAUUAGAACUAAAAUGAGGAAUAAAAUUGUACAGUUUCUUUGCAUAUAACAUUUCCUUAAAACUCUUUUUAGAACAGCAAUUGCAAGAUGAUGUUAUUAUACCCCCCGCAAACGAAGUUUAGGGGGGUAUAUUGGAAUCACCAUGUCCGUCUGUCUGUAGAAGAGAUUUUGUCUGGACCAUUACUCAGAAACUAUUGGAAGGAUUUGUCUGAAAAUUUGUACAAAUAUUAUUCACCAUAUGAAGUUGUGCAUCUGAUAUUUUCAUCUUGAUUCGAUUAUUAUUUUGAAUUUUACAGGUGUUUUUUUUUUCAUUUUUAUUUUGUGGUUUUGUCCGGACCGUUUCUCAGAAACUAUUGCAAGGAUUAAUCUGAAAAUUUGUACACUUAUUAUUCACCAUAUGAAGGUGUGCAAUUGGAAUUUUCAACUCUUUUUGUUCAUUUUACAGGUUUUAUUUUUUAUUUUAAUUGACUUGUUCAUUUUGGGCUCAUGUAUAAGGUUUGAGACAUAGAAUCUAGAUUAUCUGUGCAAAAAUACUACAGCUUAAAACUACUCAUAUAAACUUUAAAAAAAAAGAAACAUCAAGUGUUAAAAACAGUUUUUAUAUUGCAUAGAAGAUAAUGUAAUUUUAUUUAUCUCUUGGGAAUAAUGACUGGACAUGCAUCCAGUUAAAGAUAAAUUAAUGAGUUUGGUGUGGGAAGUUGAACAUUAAGGCAUCUUAUUAUCAACCGUGUGUAAUCUCCUGGGAAUCAGGCACAAGAAUUAAAGAUCUCUCUUCUCUUAUUCUCUUAACUGUAAUUUAUUGUCUGUCAAAGCACUUCAUUACUGGAUGACCAGCUCUUUAUUUUCAAAUGAAUUUGAUAUAAAGUUAUCAAGAUUAAUUUGAUUUUGUAUAAAAUGAUUUUUUUUCAACAAUUAGUUUGCAGAGUGACAUAACACAUAAUUGCAAUAUAUUUUUUUAAUGCAGAAAUAAAAAAAAUUAAAUAAAAAAAAUAAUGUUACAAUAGAAUUACAAUGUGUUAGUAUUGAUGUUUCAUUUGGUUGCACCUUUGUUUCAUUCAUUAAGAAACAUGAUGAGCAAUUAUAUUUCACUGCAAAUUUUUGUAAGUAAAUUGUGAACACCUCUAGAUUCAUAAAGUAUUUUUGAAUUGGCACCUUCUCUGAAAAACCCAGCGGGGGGUAUUUGUCCCUAUUGGACAGUUCUAGUUGAUACUGAAAAUGAAACGCACUUUUGUAGCGUGCAUUCAAAAACCUUUUUAUACGCCCGUCUUAAGACGGGACGUAUUAUGUUAUAGGCUUCGUGUCCGUCCGUCUGUUAGCUUUUCUCGUGUCCGGCUCAUAACUUUAAUACUAUAAGGCCUAGAGUUAUCAAACUUUGUCAGCUGAUACAUCUUGGGUAGAAGGUGUGUCGCACACAAAAAGUAGGUCGCUCUGACCUUUAAUAAAGAUGCUAUAGCCAAAUAUGGAAAAAUCCUGUCCGGCUCAUAACUUGAAAACUAUGAGACCUAGAGCUUUCAAACUUGGCAAAAGUAUACGUCUUAGGUAGAAGGUGUGUCGCGGCCUAUUUCAAAGUCACUGUGACCUUAAAUUUAAG